AUGGGACAACACAUUGAGCUGGGAGAACUUUAUGAUGCAACAAGUGGAUUGUUUUAUGGAGGGUUAAGUCUGUGGAAUUCAUCUGACUUGGCUGGAAACAAUACAAGGAUAUAUCCAAGCCCAGACACACAAUUUAAAGUUUCUAUUGGCACAGAAGAAGUUCGUAGCAACAGUUCGCUGGAUCUAAAUGGCUCUGUUGAAGUCGACUUCAAGAUAAUCGCGGUUUCGGGGAACGCUAAGUACCUGCAAAGCAGUGGAAACGCUCGAAACCAAGCGCGGGUUGACUUAACUUGCACGAGAACUAACAGAGUGAGGAAGUUGGACACGGAAAAUUUGAUCGUUAUGCCUCACAAAGAAAUGAUAAUGAAGCAAUCCAACAUCACCCAUUUUGUAGCGGAAGUGGUUGAAGGCGGAACUGCAAACAUUACUUUCAAAAAAGAUUGCAAAAAUGACUUCGAGUUGAAAGAAGUUGCUGGGAACUUAGCAGGUAAAUUAAAUAUCAACGUUGUUACGACUAGUGUGUCUGGCGGUGGAUCAUCAAAAUUUGAGGACGUUUCCAGUUUCGAACAGUUUGACAUCAGCGUAUCAGGGCCACUAACAGGGUCGUUCACAUCGUACGAGGAAGUGAUGAAAGUGGCUAAAGAUAUUCCUAAGGAACUGGAAAAGUACAACAACACACUCAUGGUUAAACUCCUUCCAAUUCAGUUCAUUGAGCCAAAACAACAGAAAAACAUAGAAAAACCCCUUGAUGACAAUUUUCUGCGACAACUUAUAGUUGCUCUUCGGAAAGCAGAAAACCUUCUCUAUGAUAUCGACAGCAUGAAUGAGUUCGAAGAUGUCAAGCUGAUACCGUCCAUUCACGAGCAACAUCAAAACUUCCGAAAUAGUUUUGAAUCAUGCAUUUAUAAAUAUAGAUCCUUCGUCAAGGAGCUCCUGCCUAAAAUAAGAUCUGGCCAAGAAGAUCCGAAGGCUUUGGACGAGAAACGAUCGCGAAUGGAUGCUCAGAGCCAAAUUUGUGAGAAGUUUGUGAAAUUGAAGAAACGAGAAGCUGAAUAUCUGGACAGCCUGUUCAAAGACAUGAAUGAAAAUGGAAUGAAAAAUUGCAUGAAAAUGCAGGCGAAAGAAUACUGGAAGGAUCAGAAAGUAUUCAAUCUGUGCCUCGCAGCGCUGACAAGUGAGAGACAUCCUUUAGAAGAUGAAAUGAUGAAGGCCACGCCCAACAGGGACAUUGACGCUUCUGGACACCAUUGGUACGAUGAUCCCGAAAAAAGGAAAGCAAUCGGUGCAGGAAUCGAGCAGAUAAAAGCGAAUAAGGGAAACGAAACUCUAUCCUUCGAUGUUCGUAAGAGUGCUCAAAACAGCGUUUACGAGAUUUUUGAUCACGGACUGUUCAAGUGA